AUGGAACCCGUUGUUACUGGCACUGCUGCCAACCUUUCUUCGGAAGUUGCGAAGGGCAUCUUCCAAAAAGUCAAACGUCACAUGAGAUACGUAAUCGUGUACAAGAAAAACGUUGACAAGUUUGAGGAGAAAAUGGAGACGCUGCUGGCGAAAAGAGAAAGUGUGAAGGGAUAUAUCGAAGCUGCAAAACGGAACUUGGAGAAGAUAAAACCGGAUGUGGAGCUUUGGUGCAGAAAGGUGGACAAGUUACGCGAAGACGAGAUGAAAAAUGUGAAGGAUCUUCAAGACAAAGCAAAGAGCAAGUGCUUCAUUGGCUUGUGCCCCAACAUCAAGUCUCGCUACCAACUUAGCAGGAAAGCUGAAGAAGUUGUCGAAGUUGUUAAUGAACACCUUCAACAAGGUGAAUUCAACAGUGUUUCAUGCCCUGCUCCUCCGCUGGACAUAGUGGAUGCAGCAACUCCUAAAGAUUUUGAGGCCUUUGAAUCAAGAGCGAAGAUAUUUAAAGACAUCAUGGAGGCAUUGAAAGAUGGUACUACCAACGUCAUAGGGGUGUAUGGGAUGCCUGGUGUGGGCAAAACCACACUAGUCAAAGAAGUUUAUAGAAAGGCCAAAGAAGACGAGUUAUUUGAUUCGGUGACUAUGGCAUUUGUGAAUCAGACUCCUGACCUUCAAAAAGUUCAAGAUCAACUUGCAGCUUCAUUGGGUCUAAAAUUAGAAGGAAAGGAUGUGGUGGUUAGAGCAGCUCGAUUGCGGGAAAGAUUGAAGAAAGAGAAGAAGGUUCUUGUUAUUUUAGAUGAUAUUUGGAAGAAACUAGAUUUGAAGGAAGUGGGAAUUCCUUUUGGAGAAGAAAACAAGGGAUGCAACGUAUUGCUCACUUCAAGAUAUCUAAAUGUUCUAAGAAAUGAUAUGGAUGCUCGGAAAAUUUUUCCAAUAUCUGUUUUAGAAGAUAACGAAGCUUGGGACCUGUUUAAGAAGAUGGCUGGGGACGAUCCUGAAAAUCCUGAGUUGCAAUCUACAGCAAUUGAAGUAGCCAAAAAAUGUGCAGGACUGCCUGUCGCCAUUGCAACAGUUGCGAGGGCUUUAAGAGGCAAAGAAUUAUAUGUAUGGAAAGAUGCUUUGAGAAAACUACAAAAGCCUUCCCCAACAAGCUUCACAGGAAUACCAGCACAUGUUUAUUCAGCGAUAGAGUUGAGUUACAACCAUUUGGAAAGCGAAGAACUCAAACAGACAUUCUUGCUUUGCAGUCUGCUAGGUCACAACGCUUUCAUUCCAGACUUGCUGAAAUAUACAAUUGGUUUGGGUUUCUUUCAUGGUGUCAACACAGUAAAAGAAACACGAGAUAGAUUGUCGACAGUGGUGAGUGACCUCAAAUCCUCUUGUUUGUUGCGUGAUAGUUACACCAAUGUGCGAGUUGAUAUGCAUGAUCUUAUUUGUGAUGCGGCCUUAGCAAUCGCUUCUAGGGACUACAAUGUGUUUGCAUUAAAGCCCGAAGAUGGUCCAAAAUAUUGGCCUAAUGGAGAGAAGAUGGAAAAUUGCACCAUGAUUAGUUUGCGUUGUGCUAAUAUUAGCUAUUUUCCCAAGGAGUUGAAAUGUCCGCAACUUGAUCUUUUUCUCCUGUAUAACGAGGAUCUUCCCGUGGAAUUGCCAAUCAACUUUUUUAAGGAAACACUAAAUCUUAAAGUUUUAGAUUUGACUAAAAUGCAAUUUCAGUCCUUACCUUCCUCAAUUAGGCUCCUAACAAACCUUCAGACAUUGUGCCUAGACCAAUGUAUUUUGGGAGAUAUCACUGGGGUUGGAGAGCUCAAGAAUUUAGAAAUUCUUAGCCUUGUGGAUUCUGAUUUUGAGAGGCUACCUAAGGAAAUUGGGGAAUUGAUCAAAUUAAGGUUAUUAGAUCUCAGUGGUUGUACCAGACUCAAAAUAAUUCCACCAGGGGUCUUAUCAAGUCUGUCUGGAUUGGAGGAAUUGUAUAUGGGUGACAGUUUUGUUCAAUGGGAAGUAGAGAGGCUGGCCAACCAACAAUGCAAUGCUAGUCUUGAUGAAUUGAAGCUUUUGUCUCAUCUGACCACUUUAGAGGUUCGUAUUCCUGAUGCCAAGAUUAUGCCAGCGGACUUGUUCUCCAAGAAAUUGGAAAGAUACAAGAUUUUCAUAGGCAAGGGAUGGGAUUGUGUUGGUGAGUGUGAACCCUCAAGGACAUUGAAACUCAAGUUAAAUGCAAGUGUUGAUGAGUUGGAUCACGGAUUUAAAAUGUUUCUAAAGAAAACUGAAGAUCUAUAUUUAGACAACAUGAAAGGUGUCAAUAUUGCACUUCAUGAGUUGAUGGAUGAGGAAGGCUUUAAGCGGUUGAAGAAUCUCCAUAUCCAAAAUGGUUCGGAGAUCGAAUAUAUCAUUAGUGAUGAUGGUGCAGCUCAUAAAAUUAAAUUUCUUCAAUUGCAAUCUUUGACACUUCAUGGUCUACCACAGCUCAUUAGCUUUUGCUUUAAAAAUAAAAGGGGUUCUAAUUCUUCAUGUCAAAACGAGUUAUCGCUUUUUAGUGAAAAGUUGGUGUUCCCUUAUUUGGAGAGCCUUCGGUUGUCCUCAAUCAAUGUUGAAAGGAUAUGGCACAACCGGUUUUCAAAUAUAUCCGAGUACGGCACUCAAAAUCUAACAAGUUUGACUAUUGAGGGUUGUGACAACUUGAAACAGCUAUUAUCAUCUUCUAUGGCUAGAAGUCUAAAGCAUCUUAAAUGCUUUGAGAUAGUUGAAUGCAAAUGUUUAAGAAAGGUGAUAUUUGCAGAGGAUAUAGAAGAAGAAGACAAGGCUACGAUUUUAUUUCCUCAAUUAAACUCUCUAAAGAUAAGGAAGCUUCAACAUCUUAUUGGGUUUUGUUCAGAAAAUUAUAAUAUUGAAUUCCCAUCCUUAAAGCUUCUGGAGAUAGAACAAUGUCCUCAGUUGCAGGGAUUCAUAUAUAAAUCUACAAUGGAGGAGAACCAACAUUUCCCUGCACAAGCUCUCUUCAAUGAAAAGGUAGAUUUAUUGAUAUAA